CUACUGUCAGUCGCGUCAGCUGAUUUCAUUCAAAAUAAGGACCAAAAGUAUUAUUUAUAAAUAAACAAGUUUAUGUAUGGGGAGGAUAUGGAGCAUGGAGGAAUGUCUUGAUGCCCUGUCCAGAAAUAUUUGGCACAUAUUUAUGUAUGACUGGUCAUUAUAAUUUUUCCUGAUUAUGUAAUUUCCAACCUCCUAAAUUUGCUUAAACCUAAAGGAAUAACUGUUUGUCUUAGAGGCAUAAUUUUAUAUGGGCGCUUAUUUUUUUUCCUUUUUUUUGUGACUUGAGUAGGAGUACCACAGGAGUAGACUGAAGAUAUUAAGAAUGACAUCGAGAUUAGCAAAAAUUGAUGUUCCCAAACAGUGGGGCCCAUUUGAACUGUUUCAGAAUUGGAUGGCGGAGUUUACAAGUAUUACCAAAUUGCCAGUUUUUCUCAAUCUCGCUACAGCCUCUAGUGAUGGGUAUGUGAAAAACAGAUUUGUUGAACUUCAAGAGCUAGCUAAUGAUGGAAUAUUAUUUAAUACCUGUGAUAAUAGUCCUAAAGUCAAACAGCUUACUGAAAAUCCAAAAGCAGCAGCUAGUUUUUUAUUUCAAUAUGUAAGAAAUAACACCGAACCAGUUUCUAGACAGGUUCGUAUUGAAGGUAUUGCCGAGAGAAUUCCAGGAAAAAUGGAAGAAAAUACUUUUUAUGCAGAACCUUUAUAUGCUCAAAUCCGAAGCGUCCUAAUUAAGGAUCAGAGUAUGGAAGUAAAUUGGGAUGAAUUGAAAAAUCAACAUGAUGAAAUGUUGGCCAAAGUGAAAUCCGGCGAAAUCACCUUGAGUCCUCCGGAGAAUUUGGUGGUGUAUAAGAUUGUUCCCACUACUUUUGACUUUUACCAUAGUGGAGAAAAUGAAAUUGCUGACAGAGUGCUUUUUACACAAGAGACUUCCGGAUUAUGGAAGCAUUGCCAUAUUACAGCCUGAGAGACAUUAAACUGCUUAAAAUGACUGCUUUUUGCUGCAUCUAAAUACUGAUAAAUUUGUGAUGAUUAGGAUUAUGUUAAAUGAUUUUUUUUUAAAGAAUGUAUAGUUUUUGGUUGGAUAUUAAAAAAAUUGCUUAUUAUAAAA